AACAUGGGGCACAGAAAUCAAACAUAUAUUUCAGAAUUCUUUCUCAUGGGAUUGACAGAUGAUCCAGAACUGCAGCCCCUUAUUUUCUGCCUGUUCCUGUCCAUGUACCUGGUCACCAUCCUGGGAAACCUGUUGAUCAUCCUGGCUGUCAGCUCUGACUCUCACCUCAAAACCCCCAUGUAUUUCUUUCUCUCCAAUCUGUCCUUUAGUGACAUCUGUUUAAGCACAACCACAAUCCCAAAGAUGCUAGUGAGUAUCCAAGCACAUAAUCAUAGCAUCACUUACUUAGGCUGCCUCACCCAGGCCUGUUUUGUCCUGAUUUCUGUUGGUUUGGAAAAUUGUCUUCUUGCAGUAAUGGCCUUUGAUCGCUACACGGCCAUUUGUCAUCCACUGAGGUACACAAUCAUCAUGAACUCUCGCUUCUGUGGACUGCUGAUUCUUCUCUCACUGUUGUUAAGUAUUGUGGAUGCCCUCCUCCACAGUCUGAUGGUGUUGCAGCUGACCUUCUGCACUAACCUCGAAAUCCCACUAUUUUUCUGUGAAGUUGUUCAGAUCAUCAAACUUGCAUGUUCUGAUACCUUCAUCAAUAACAUUGUGAUAUAUUUCGCAGCUGGCCUAUUUGGUGGUGUUCCUGUGUGUGGAAUCAUUUUCUCUUAUACACAAAUAGUCCUCUCUGUUUUGCAAAUGCCAUCAGUGGAUGGAAAGUAUAAAGCUUUUUCAACUUGUGGUUCUCAUCUCUCAGUUGUGUCCUUAUUCUAUGGGACAGGUUUGGGGGUGUACAUUAGUUCUGCUCUUACUAAGUCUUCCAGAAACACUGCAGUGACUUCAAUGAUGUACACUGUUGUCCCUCAAAUGCUGAACCCCUUUAUCUAUAGCCUGAGAAACAGAGACAUGAAAAAGUCCGUGAUAAAACUCAUUGGUAAGAUACCAUUUGUUUUUCAGUAG